AUGUGGCCUUUGCUCACCUGCGGGUGUGGCGGCCCGGCGGCGGAGGUGCCGAUGUACUGCUGCACCGAACCCGAGAAGCGCGACGAUCUCCAGCUGGAGUUGGAUCCGCAAGGAGAGCGGUUUUUAGAAGUUCGAGGGCGCCCUGCCACAGCGCUGCGGGCCCACACCUUCCAGGUGGACGUGGUCUACGAAGGGCGGAAGCUGGGGGUGCAGCUGGAUUCGUGCGACUUGCACCGGGGCCUGAUGGUGAAGGCAGUCCUGGAAGAUGGGCUGCUGGCCGACUGGAACCGUGCGCAUCCCGACAUGCCCGUGAUCCCCUACGACAAGAUCUUCGAGGUGAACGGCGAGGCAGGCUCGGCCGAGGUUCUCGAGGGCCGCAUCGCUGCCUCAGGCCGAGACCUGUGCCUGACGGUGCGGCGACCGCAGGUGCGGGAGAUGCUGCUCCAGCGGACUGGCAGCUUGGGUGUGACGCUGCUCUACAAGCUCCUGGGACCAAACUACGCAGCAGCGGAGGGAGCCCCAAGCUCCGUCCCUGACUAA